AUGAGAGUGACCAGUCCUGAACUGAGGAAAAUCUACUACUCAUGUUUCAGUCAGGACCAGUGCUGGUACAGGGCAAAGAUCAUCGCUCUGCUGGAAGACGACAAGGUGACAGUUCGCUACAUCGACCUCGGGUACUCUGAAACAGUGGAGAAGAGCUCACUACGCAGUCUUCAGUCCAACCCUCAGCUGGCAUGUCUUCCACCACAAGCCCUCAGGUGCCGUUUGGCCGGGCUGCCACCGGAGGGUGGAGAGUGGACCCAAGUGGGAACCAGUUUCCUGUCCUGCCUGUGUAAGGAAGGGGAGGAAGAUAUCAUCUGUACAAUCCAACCUGUGCAAGAAACAGCUGAAGACGGUGUGCUGAUUGUUGACAUGGUGCUGAGUAGCGGCGACCAGGUGUACCAGGUGAACACGUACCUUCAGGAGCAGCCCCACCUCUUCUCACCUGUCCUGCCAGGUGUGAAGUCCGACAAACUCAACAACAACCUGAGCAAGAGCCGGGCGGGAUCCACCCACAGUUCUGUAGCGAGUGCUUCGCAGAGCGGUCACCCGUCCCGUAGUGUCAGCCCCUGUUCAUCGGUUAGCUCCGGCUCUGUGUUUGUGUCACCCUGUACCAGUCCUGUUACCAUCUGUACCUCUCCGAAGCCAGGUGUAGAGUCUACUCAGAACUCGGCUGUUUGUUCAGAUUCUCCUGCUAUGGGGGACUCUUCGCUUGCUGACAAGAUUAGCCAGCUUAACAUUGUAGAAAACCUGCCACCCUCGGAAGAUGGUCAUCCUAGCAAUCAGUCCUCUCCGCGAGUACCAACCCUCAACCUACCAGGCAAAGGCCGGAUGUUGAACGUAUUUAUCGAGGACGUCAUCGGACCAGACCACUUCGUACUGCGUCCUUUCGAUAGCAUGGAGCUUGUCGACAAGCUGGAAACAGACAUGGACGAUUUUUACGAAAGCAACGUCUUUCCCGCCGAAGAAUUUGUCCCAAAGGCUGGGGCGUUGUACGCAGCAUUUGUUGAUGACACAGACACAUGGCAGAGGGUUUGUGUGAAAGACAUCGCUCAGAAUGGCGACGUUUCUGUCUGGGGACUUGAUAAGGGAGGCUAUCACGUUGUGUCUCUGUCGAACUUGCGUCCGCUUGACGGUCAGUUUUGUGUGAUGCCUGCUCAAGCGAUGAUGGGACAGCUGGGAGGGGUGGUGCCCGCGAAAACCGACAAGUGGUCGACGUCAGCGGAAGAACUUUUCCGCGAGCUUGUGCAGAAGAAAGCGUUUGUGGGGCUGCUUCUGUCGUCCCCUCGCUGUGCGGGAAGGAAGGGACACUUCCGACAGGUUUCCCUGAACCUGAGACUCAUAGACACCUCCAACCCUGACAGGGACGUCCUCAUAGAAGACAUUCUAGUCAGCAAGGGUCACGCCAGAAUCCCAUCGUCGGAGUGACGGGUAGCCAUAGCAACCCAAGAACAAACAUUCUACAGAAUGGACUCUUUUUCUAUGCCUAAAAGAAGGUAUCCAACUGUAUUAGUUAUGAAGUGUAUAGUUUUUGUGUAAGUACUGCUUUCUUUCUGAAGUGCCUUUGUGAAAGUGACCAAGUUCAGUGGAGACCAAGUAACAACCAUCAAGAAGAUGCUUAGAUUGGAGCCCUAUGACAAGAAUUGCCUGUAAUUUUAGUCCACAUAUUGCUAUACAUUGUAUCUGUAUAACUUAUACAGAUACAAUGUAUAGCAAUACUAUAAGCUCUUUCACAGAAGUCAGGACGCAUGUGCGGUGACAGAAAUUCUAGGUAAAGCCCACAAAAAGUUAAUGUAUGUUUCUUGUCUUGACAAUUGUUAUCAUUUGCAUAACAUUUGCAUAACGGACGGGUUUUGUUUUCUUUUUCGAUGCCUUUGACAUAUUUCCUAAAAUUCCUGUCUCUGCACAUGCGUUCUGACCUCUGUGAAAGAGAUUAUUUGACAGUUCGUUCAAGUACAUAGCUCAUAAGCCAUGGUGAUUUCGGUUAGUUCAUUUAUCCAUGCAAUUACAAGACCAUCACAAUUCUAGUUGGAUGCAUUGUAUAUGUAGACAUAAAACAUCAUUUUCCAUUGAAAGAGGUAAAAUUGGUAAAGCAUUUGACAGUUUCAAAAACAAUAGGUGCUCAGGACAACUAUGAGGUCAAAGAGGAAACAUUUAUUUGUCUGCGCAUGUUUAUUUGGAACUGAGAAAUAGCUAAUGAAUCAUACCUCUUUUCAAUGGAAACUGAUAUUUUGUGUCAGAAAUAAUCACUGACAAGUCGUGUACAUGUUUUAAAAACGUCCAGAAUUCCAGUGGAAACUUCCGUUAAUUUGAUAUGUUGCAUGUUAUUAACACCUCUUAUUUUUUUAUCACCAUGUCUGUUACAGAUUUUUAGACAGGCAACAAGUUUGUCGAAAAUAAGAUCACCUGUUGGUAUGUGACAAACUCAAUAAAGAGAGAAAGAAAGAAGGGGAU